GUCGCCGGGAGGCGCCUGUUGCUUGCAUUCUUGGGGAACUCAAAGCAACCUGCAGAAGCCUACUGACUUCAACUCCCAGCCACUAUGUUGGAUACAUUCGAGAUCCUCACCACGUCCGGUGUGGUGCUCUGGUCGCGCUCAUUUUCGCAUGUGAACCCUGCCAUAAUCAACAAUUUCAUUGCCGAUGUCUUUAUCGAGGAGAAGGCCGCAGCCGCUGGUGUUAAGGACACCAAGUCUGCCGCCAACAACCCAGCGUAUAAAGCAGACCAACACACUUUGAGAUGGUCCUUUUCCAAGGAACUUGGCGUCAUCUUUGUUGCAGUAUACCGGUCCCUCUUGCACCUGUCAUGGGUUGACAAGCUCGUUGAUAAUCUGAAGACCAUAUUCGUCGAUUUGUACGGAGAACAGCUACAGAAGCCCAACACUACCGUGGUCCGUUGCGAGAAAUUCGAUGAUUAUUUCGACCAGCAGCUGAGAGAGUUGGAAUCGAAGGCCACAACCAAGGCUGCCCAACCAGGUGGCACCGCAUUCAUCGAUGAAGAAAGCAUAUCGGGGAAUCUAGGAGACGAACCGCCACUCCCGCCAGGCUUGAAACACCGAAACAAAGUCCACGAUGGCGCGCAAGACCGCCCAUCCACGGCCGAAUCCACCCCGGUGGCGACGCCGAAUCAAUCACGACCGUCGACCCCCGGAGGGAAUCACUUGGUGGUUGGCAAGACCGGGCCUAUGGGCAAAGUCUCGCGAAGAGCACGAAAAAUGCAGAUCAACAGCUCGGCAACUGCCUCGUCCGGUGACGAGGGGCCCGGAAGGAAAGGAAAGAAAGCGCCCAAGAAGGGCAGGAAAUGGGACGCCGAUGGGUUCGCAGACGAGGAUGACGGUGUUCAACUCGAUUACUCUGUCACAGGGAAGUCCGCCACCAGCGAUAGCGAGGCGGAAGCAACUGGGCGCUCGACUGUGGUCGAAGAGAUCGACUCGGCCACGUGGGGCAGCAAGACGUCUAAGGGGCAGUUCGUGCUGAGGGACCUGGACGACGAAGUACACGGCAUCCUGUCCUCGGCACAGUCCAAGAAUUCUGAUAACGCCCCGACUGGCAUCGUCAACACCGGCCUGAGCUCCAUCAACAGCCUCUUCCGCAAUAUAGUGGGCGGCAAGACCCUGACCAAGGAAGACCUGGCCAAGCCGAUGGACGGCAUGGAGAAGCACCUCAUUGAAAAGAACGUGGCGCGCGAAGCCGCGGUGCGUCUCCGUGAGGGUGUGGAAAAGGAACUUCUGGGUGUCAAGACUGGGAGCUUCGAGUCGAUCGACACCCGCAUCAAGAAAGCGAUGGAGGCGUCUCUCACCAAGAUGCUCACUCCGACUUCGUCUCUCGAUCUUCUUCGGGAAAUUGACGCAGUGACGCGACCGUCAACCCUGUCGGGUCGCAAGCCACGCCCAUUCGUCAUGUCCAUCGUGGGCGUGAACGGCGUGGGCAAGUCGACCAACCUGUCCAAAAUCUGCUUCUUCCUGCUACAAAAUAAAUACAAAGUGCUGAUCGCAGCUGGCGACACGUUUCGUUCUGGCGCCGUCGAACAGCUCAAGGUCCACGUGCGCAACCUCAAGGAGUUGACCGAGCGCGAGGGCGGCCAGGUCGACAUCUUCGAAAAGGGGUAUGGAGGUGACGCUGCGAGCGUGGCCAAGGACGCCGUCAAAGAGGCUGCCAACGAGGGUUACGACGUGGUGCUGAUCGACACGGCCGGACGCCGCCAUAACGACCAAAGACUCAUGUCGAGUCUAGAGAAGUUUGCUAAGUUUGCACAGCCAGAUAAGAUUUUGAUGGUUGGUGAGGCCCUGGUGGGCAGCGACUCGGUCGCCCAGGCACGGAAUUUCAACUCGUCGUUCGGUCCCGGGCGGAAUCUAGAUGGGUUCAUUAUUUCCAAGUGCGACACGGUGGGCGACAUGGUAGGAACGUUGGUCAGCAUUGUGCAUGCGACCAAUGUGCCCGUUUUGUUUGUGGGCGUGGGGCAGCAUUACUCUGAUAUCAGGAACUUCUCGGUCCGGUGGGCGGUGGAGAAGUUGUUGAGUACUUAGAGCAGGUGGGAAGUUCAUGCAUGAUUCACACACGUAAUCUUUAAUAGUACGGUAUGAUACCAAUAUAUGAAUCCAUUUUCCACUCUAGCUUGUCU